AUGCGAAUUGUAUGCGCACUAAACGCAACUACUGAUAACAAAAGCAACAAAAUCAACAACAACAACCAAAGCGGUACUACACUAACAAUACAUAUAUACAGAAGCGAACAGGUGCGCAUAUACUGUCACGACUACGAGAACGGGAGCGCCGAAAGUGAGCGCGUAUUCGAGAUGCUACCGUCACUGCCCAUCGGUCCAGAUUUAAUGCUAUUAUUGGUCAGCGGUUGCAAUAACUCCGAUGUCAUUUUGCGCCGCUUCAAUAUACGUCAUGUCAGAUUGCUAGAGUUAAGCGCUGAUACAAUAAUGACAAGCGCAAAGCUAACGCGUCAACAAAUACCCAAAUCGCUGCUGGUGGAUAGUUUGACGCUCACUGCCUACACACAACUAGCAGCAGAUCUGUUCGCUGAUUAUAAGCAAUUGCGAUUUCUCGAAAUACAAACAACACAACUGGAUUUGCCAUUGACUAUUUUCCAGCCGCUAACGAAUUUGAUUGGGCUUACGCUGAAAGCGCGCAUCAAACAAGCAGCGCCACUAAAGCUGUUGCGCGCGCAAAGCCGUUUGUUAAAUACCGUGCUAAGCGAUGGCGCGCUACCGAGUCUGACGACAGCAAAUUUUAGCCACUUAACACAAUUGCAAUCGCUGCAUUUGCCGCGCAAUAAGCUCAGCUAUGUGCCAGCGCACGCACUUGCACCGCUCACCGAAUUGCUGCGCAUUAAUUUGAGCGAAAAUCGUUUACGCGCGCUGAAUGCCGCAAUGUUCGCGCAACAGCUGAAGCUUGUCGCCAUCGAUUUGAGCGAUAAUGAAUUGCAGACGCUGCCUAUGGAGUUGUUUACGCACACGCAGCGCUUGCAAGAGCUUCGCCUGUCGCAUAAUCAGCUGAAGCAAAUACCCAACACGUUGUUCGCGCCGCUAAACUAUUUAAAAGUAUUAUAUUUAAAUAAUAAUCAACUAAGCAGCUUGCAGCCAGAUACUUUCGCCCACAAUGAUGAGCUACAGAAACUUCAUUUGCAAUACAAUCGACUUGAAAUAGCCGCACCGGCGAUAUGCACAAUCUUUGCGACAUUAAAAAAUUUAGCUGAAUUGCUUUUAAACAACAACCGGCUGACACAUAUCUGCGAGCAGCCAAGCGGCAAGAACAAGGGGCAUAUUGAUAUGUCACACAAUCAAAUUGAUAUGUUGCGCGCGCCUGGUUUGGUCGCGCUUGCCUGCAGUUGGGCGCGCGUAGAUCUGUCAUACAACGCGCUGCAAAGUAUUUUAUUACCUACGCCGCUUCAUAGCAAUAAGUCGUUAGCGGCGCUUAAGUGUCACAGCACGCUAGCGCUAAAUCAUAAUGCGCUACACUGCGACUGCCAUUUGUUGAACUUUGUGCUGGCGAAACAAGCGGGUUUUCUGAACGCGCUAACGCAACUGAAUACAACCAACCUGUACUGUGGUACGCCAGUACAGCUACGUGCGCGUCCAAUUGACACACUGCAGGCUGAAGAGCUUUUGUGUCCAGUCGCCGCGCAAUAUUGUCCCAGUAAGUGUCGUUGCUGGGCGCGCACUUAUGACGCAACGCUUAUUGUCAACUGUACGCAAGCGCGCCUGCAAGCAGUGCCCACACUGUCCACUGUCUUGAAUACAACGCUUACAGCCAUCGAGCUGCACUUAACAGACAAUAUUAUCAGCACGCUGCCAAUAAAUUCAACUGUCGGUUAUGCGCUUGUAACGCGCUUAUAUAUUGCUGGCAAUCGGCUGCGCGUCAUUGAAGCGUCGCAACUACCCGCCCAGUUGAAAAGCCUCGAUGUGCGUCACAAUAACCUAACACAACUCAGCAACAGCUUUUAUACGCUACUCAAUGCAAGCGCAAUAUUAAAUGAGAUUUAUUUGUCGCAUAAUAAUUGGUCUUGCGAUUGCGACGCCGAGCAGCUGCUCAUUACGGCGAAGGUACAUCAUAAGCGCAUACGCGAUCUGGAUGAGCUCACUUGCGCGGAUGCGCGCUAUGCCAAACUACUGGAGCUUGCUUUCAACGAUAUCUGCCCAACAGAUAUGAGUCUACUAUUUGUGACCAUAAGCUUAUUAGUGGCCGCUCUAACGCUGGCUGUCGUCAGCGCGCUUUAUUUCAGAUAUCAACUUGAGUUCAAAGUCUGGCUGUACGCGCACAACUAUUGCCUUUGGUGCGUAACAGAGCAUGAAUUGGAUAAGGACAAACCAUUUGACGCGUUCAUUUCAUAUUCUCACAAGGAUGAGCAUUUCGUCGUGCAUGAACUACUGCCGGGCUUGGAACAGGGCGACUUACCGUUUCGUGUGUGCACACAUGAGCGUAAUUGGCUUGCCGGCGCUUAUAUACCGGAGCAAAUAAUCGAAUCGGUUGAGCAAUCGCGUCGCACCAUAAUUGUAUUAUCGCAACAUUUUAUUGAAUCGCCAUGGGCGCGCAUGGAAUUUCGCACAGCACAUCAAAGCGCUUUGAACGAGCGUCGUACGCGCAUAAUUAUUAUUAUGUAUGGUGAGGUUACGCAUAUGGACGCGCUGGAUACAGAGCUGCAAGCUUAUUUGAAAAUGAACACCUAUUUGAAGUGGAAUGAUCCGUUGUUCUGGCGCAAAUUGCGUUACGCCAUGCCGUUCAAGCGUCGCUGUGCGCUUGAUGAGACGCAUGCGCCGCGCUUUAUUUAUAGCGCAAUGGAAUUAAGAGAGUUGAAUGAACGUGCGCGCGCCGAAAGAAAAAUUUAA